AUGGCUAUCUUUCUUCUAGCUUUCAUAUCUCUAGGGACGUUUUCCCUUUUCUCUUCCCUGUUCUUCUUCUCCUUCAUCCUUCAAAUUCAUCGGAAAUUGUCUUCCAGUAUUGAUCAUGGCCCUCCUUCAUACCCAGUUAUUGGCUGCCUAAUCUCUUUCUACAAAAACCGCCGGCGCCUCCUGGACUGGUACACAGACCUCUUAUCAAAGUCCCCCACUCAGACCAUCGACGUGCACCGGCUCGGUGCACGGCGAAUCGUUGUGACCGCAAACCCGGCCAACGUCGAAUACAUGCUCAAGACAAACUUUAACAACUUCCCCAAAGGCACCCCUUUCACCGACAUCCUCGGCGAUCUUCUUGGCUAUGGUAUCUUCAACGUCGACGGUGAGUUAUGGUUCACCCAGCGCAAGCUGGCCAGCCAUGAGUUUAGCACAAAGUCCUUGAGAGAAUUCGUCUUCAAAACGAUUGAAGAAGAAGUCGACUGCCGAUUGAUCCCAUUGCUUGAGGAGGCCGCGGAGAGGAAUGAAAUCUUGGAUUUGCAAGAAAUACUGAGAAGGUUUGCGUUUGAAACUAUCUGUAAGGUCUCGUUGGGGACAGACCCAUGUUGCCUAGACCUGCAUUGCCCCGUGCCUCCUCUUGUAAAAGCCUUUGACAUUGCGUCGGAGAUAAGCGCCAUGCGUUCGAUGGCCCCGGUAUUCUGGUUUUGGAAGAUCAAGCGUGCACUGAACCUAGGCUCCGAGAAGAAACUCAAAGAAGCAGUUCGACUCGUGCAUGGCUCUGUGGCCGAGAUCAUACGAAACAAGAGGCGAAUCCUCGAAGAAGCUGGCGAAAACAAACGCGAGAGCAGUACUGAUUUAUUGUCGAGAUUUUUGCAGGCGGGGCACGUCGACGAGGAGGUGACAAGAGACAUGGUGAUAAGUUUCAUCAUGGCGGGCCGAGACACGACAUCCUCGGCCUUGACAUGGCUGUUCUGGUUGCUCUCAAAGUACCCAAAUCAAAAGGAACUCAUUGUGAACGAAGUGAAUUCUGUGCUGGCCAAUAUUAAUGGCGGAUCCGAAACUGAAAAGCCAUUGGACUGCGAAACUCUCAAGGAGAUGAAGUUCGUCAAGGCCUGCCUGUGCGAGUCCAUGCGGCUCUACCCGCCGGUUGCGUGGGACUCAAAGCACGCCCUCGAAGAUGAUACUUUUCCCGAUGGGACUCCAAUCGGGAAGGGAGAUAGAGUGACCUACUUUCCUUAUGGAAUGGGGAGAAUGGAGAAGUUGUGGGGGAAGGAUCGGUUCGAGUUUAAACCGGACCGAUGGUUCGAUGAUAAGCUGGAUGGGAAGUUGAAAACGGAUAUCAGUCCGUACAAGUUCCCGGUUUUCCAGGCCGGUCCGAGGGUGUGCCUUGGGAAGGAGAUGGCUUUUGUAGAGAUGUCGUAUGCAGUGGUCAGGAUACUGAGGCGGUUCGAGAUCUGGCCGGUCUGUGAUCAGGACCAGCCGAUUUUUGUUCCUUUGUUGACUGGCCAUAUGGCUGGAGGGUUCAAGGUGAUGGUCCGGAAGGGCAAUGCACUGGCUGCGGUCACUUAG